UUCAGUUAGUAACGAACGUUCGCGCCAGACACACGUAUCCGCCACGCCCCCGCGAAGCCGCCCUCUGAAAAGCUGGGGAAAGCCAGAAAAUCGUAACCGAAGCGAAGCGAGCGCGCGUUGUACGGCAUCGGAGAAUCCGAAAAUCGGAGAAUCGGACAUCGGACAUCGGAAGUUCUGCUUUGGAGUGGAGCAGCGUCGUCGUGACCGAGCUCAAACACAUCAGUCGCUUUAACCACGGGUCUGCUCUCUUUUGGGAGCAGCUGGUGUCCAUGGAACUAUGCUCGGAUAUAUCAUCGUAUCGCCGCGCCAGCUAAUGCUAAUCCUACGACCAGAUCAGAGCCAUCUGAACACCUAACCAACGAUAAACCCAACUACCAAAAUUGUGAUCUCUGCAUCGCACUAAAACCUAAACUGAUAUUAAUUGCAUCCAACUUACUGUGCGUGUGUGUGUGUGUGUUAUGUCUGUAAAUUUGGUUCGUUGCUAUUAUCCGUACCCGUAAUAUCACGUACACACCAUACCACACCUACCCGCCUGAAAUAAGUCCAAGCCUGCCCGCUAACGAUCAUGCAUAAACCAAAGCUAGCGAAUGCUAUAACCGCUGCCGCCAUUGCCUCAUCCAUAUCCACCAAAAACAACAACAACAACAGCAUCGUCGGCGGCAGCAGCAGCAGCAGCUCCGGUGGCAACAAAUCGAAGCGACCACGUCAGUUUGGCCAAUACUCGAUCGGAGUUGGAACUGGAGCUGGAGCUGGGGGGCUACUCCGGUCGGACGACUCCGGCUUCGACCACCUCGACUAUUCGUCACUAAUUGGGGAUUCGAUUGAUUUAGAGCACUACAUCAGCGCCAUGGAGGCACGUCGACACGACCAGGAGCCGGAUGUUUGGGCCCAGCUGCAGCAGAAGGAGUCGGACAUCCUAUUGGCCGCCGAACUGGGCAAGGCACUGCUCGAGAAGAACGAGGAGCUGGUCAAACAGCAGGAAAAGCUCAUCGAGGACUAUUCGAGCAAAAUUGAGAAACUCGAGCAGGAGAAGCAUGUGCUGCGCCAAAAAUUGGCGAUCGCCGAGGAUGAGAGCGAUCAGCGUGUCCUCGAGCUGCAGUCCGAUCUCACCGAGCUGAAGGAUAAGCUGCAGACCCAAGACACCGCCAUCCGGCAAGCGGAGAAGGAGAAGACCAUCCUAAUUGAUGAGCUGCAGCACCAGAACACACGGCUCACCGAACAGAUCCAGGAGGCACACGCCACCGAGCUCAAGCUCAGCGCACAGAUCCAGGAGCUGAAGGAUCAGUAUCACUACAGGAACAGCAGCCUCCAGGAACAUGUCAACAGCCUGGAGUCCAUCAAAACAGAACUUAACCUCACUACGGGAAAGCGUCAGGAGCUGGAGCGUCGUCUGCAAAUCGCCCAGGAAGAGAAGGAGAGCCUCACCUCGUCGCUGGAGGAGUCCUCCGACAGAAUCCACAUGCUGGAGCGCCAUGCCCGCGAGCAGGAAACAAAAUUAGAGACCACCUUACAAGCACUGGAACGCUCCCAGCGCGAAAACAAUGUACUCAGUGAACGUUUGGGUGCCGACACAAACUCGAGCACUCCGGGCAGAAAGAGUUUGCAAUUCGAAAUGGAAUGCGACGAGGACGAUGGCAGCUAUACGGAAACGGGGAAGCCCAACCAAAUGUUCGUGGAAGCCCGAUCCGUUUACAUACAACUUAAGUCCCUGGUAGAUUCACUAAAAGUUAGCCACGAUGAUGACUCAGGACUCAACUCCGACAUAUCGCUGGAGCUGGAGUCGAUGGACAACACCAUCUCGAGCUCGGAACGCCACGAGGAUGGACACCUGGCCAUCGAGUUUCGCCAGGGCAUGUUGUCGUCGAUGUCCGACGAGCUGACGCGGUUGCUGCUCAACCUUGACGCUGGCAAUUUCAAGAAGAUGCUGGACCAGACGCGCAACCUGGUGCUGGAGCAGGAGGACGAGAUCAAGCGCAGCCACCAGCUUAUUCAGCAACUGGAAGCCAAGGUCACGGUAACGGACGUGGAGCUGCAGAACGUCAAGGAGGAGAGAGAUCAGGCACGCGGUGAUCUCGAGGACAACACGGAUCGGGAUGAGCUGCUGUCCAAGGCGCAGACAGAACGGGAUGCGGCCAAUGAUAGGCGCACGAAGGCCGAGGUUGAGCUGGCCAAGACGCGAGUGGAGCUGAUGCAAGCCAAUAGCCAACUGCUGGAGUCCAUUCAGCAAAAGGUGGAGCUGUCACAGCAGCUGGAACAGUGGCAGAUGGACAUGCACGAGCUGAUCGACGAGCAGAUGCGCUCCAAGUUGAUCAACAACCGGCGAGCGAUGGCCGCCGAGUCCUCCGCCCCAUCGCCACCCAGCAGUGCUGCCGCCAAUCUGGCCAAGCGCGUGACCAGCUACAAGCUUUGGAGUUUAUUUCAGCGAUAAUUGGAGUAACCUAACGACCCGCUGGAAGGUCUACGCCACCCUUCUGUUCUUGAUGUAGGACGGGAAUCUAUAUAUUUUUAAUAUUUAUAUUUAUACACAACAAACAACACACACAAAUCGGAGAGCCUAGGCAUCAUAGGUAUUGUACUUAAUUGUUAUUUGUAUACGGGAAGCAUUGCCCUUCUUCUGUUCGUAGUGAAAUCUAUCUAAUUACGCUUUAUUAAUUUUAAACACUUACCGCAUAUUCGAUAUGAUUAUUGUACCUAUUGUAAUUACUGUAAUGAAACCGUACUCGUACCUAUGUUUAAACACAAAUCGUCUCUAUUCUCUCUUUAUUUAGUUUAUCCUUAAUUGAUUUUAAAUUCCGAUAUGGACCCCACAACUAAUUCGAAUCGAGAGAUAAAUGUUUUUAAGGCAUGCGGUGUUACUUGUUGGGUCCGUUUUGGUCAAAACUGUUAACUGAUAAUCAAAAAAAAAAAAAAAAACAAGGAAACAUAUCGCACCUUUAUGUUGGCGGCUUAAAAAGCCCCCAUAUCUCGGGAGAAACUGUUGCGAUUCAUCAAAAUCAAAAAUAAAAUCAAAAUCAAAAUCAAAAUCUGUACGUAAGCAAAUAUUAUGUGUAAGCAAGGCAUUUAUGUUAUAGCAAAUAGAAAUAUUCAUCAGCUGGCAAUCGGAAGGGCGCAGGAUUAGUUGGAAACUGUGCAACAGACAAAACUUGCCUUAAUGAACGGACAAUGAAAUUUUAGAUUGUUUAAAUAACAUAACUUACCAAUAAACUUACGAUUAUACCACAAC